UCUAUAAACCCCCAAUCCAGACAAAACUCACUCUCUCGCUCACUAUUCCCCCAAUUCGCUAACCUAGAGAUUCAAUCACAAACACAACAAUGACAGACGAGCAAUCAACACGGAGAAGAGGCAGAGGAGCCGACGCGGAAGCUCGUGCCGGCGCCCUCGAACGCCUCAAAGCUCUACGCCGCGACGGCCGCCGAUCCGACACCAACCAAAUCAAAGUAGCCGAUCCGAUUUACGACACCGUCGACGAAGACGAGUACGAGUCACUCGUCGCGAAGCGGCGCCAGGAGGCGGAGGAAUUUGUCGUUGACGACGAUGGAUUAGGGUAUUUAGAUGAAGGUCAAGAAGAGGAUUGGUCAAAAGCGUGUGGACCGAUGUCUUCGGACGAAUUGGAUGGUGAGGAGAAGCCAAAGAAGAAGAAGGCGGAGAAGAAGGAAGUCGAGAAGGCGAAGAAGCCGUCGUCUCUGUCGGCUGCUGCUGCUUUGAUGGGGAAGCAGAGGCUGUCGAAUAUGUUUACGAGUUCGGUGUUUAAGAAGAGGGAGGAAAAGGGGAAGAGUUUGUUGUCGGAUAGUAUUGUUGAUGAUGUUAUUGCAGAGUUUGCGCCUGAUGAGGGCGAUAGGGAGCGGAGAAGGAAGGGGCAUUCUAAUUUGGUGAAAUGCUUGAAUUCGGUUAGUUCGAUUGUAAAGGUUAAGAGUGAGAAUUUAGGAAGUAAUGGCGGGGAGUUGAGGUUGAGGAAUGAUAUUAGUGCUGGUGGUGGUAAUGAUUGUGAGAAUUUGGGGGUUAAUUUAUCAAAAGGGAAUGUAUGUAGGGUAGAUAAUUUGGAGAGAGUUUCUGAUAAGGUGGAAGAUAUGGAUACUGAAAUGGGGAAUGGUUUGGAUGUUGGAUUGAGUGAUUCAUUGAUGACGGAAAGCGUGGUUGAGGAGAGUUUGUUGAAUAACAGUGAAGUGAAAAGUGAAGUAGAGGUGAAGAAGGAAUAUGUACUUAAUGCAAAAGUGACUAAAGAGGAGAAGGAUAAAGCAUAUAGUGCAACUGCUGGAUGGCAGGCAGUAAGGGCUGCAGGCAAUGGGAAUGCUGCUGAAAUAAACCAUAGUUCAAACUCUGAUGAGAAACAUGAAUUUGAAGUAGAAUCUGAUGGGUCAUUGCAGUUUUAUUUACUUGAUGCCCACGAGGAGUUUUAUGGUGUCAAUGCGGGCAACCUUUAUCUCUUUGGGAAGGUUAAAGUGGGAAAAAGUUAUCAGAGUUGCUGUGUUGCGGUAAAAAAUAUGCAGAGAUGUGUAUACGCAAUUCCGAAUAGUUCAAUUUUUCAAAAUGACACAGUUAUAAAGCUUGAGAAAGAUGUUGAAGAGUCUAAAAUUUCUACAACAACUUUCCGUUCUAAGCUGCAGGAGAUGGCGUUAGGAUUGAAGACUGAUAUAGCAAAACGGUUACUUGAGCAAAAUGUUUCGAGUUUUAGCAUGACACCUGUUAAGAGGAAUUAUGCAUUUGAGAGGUCUGACAUACCUUUGGGGGAGAAUUACGCUCUUAAGAUAAAUUAUCCAUUUAAGGAUCCACCACUUCCUUCAGAUCUUAAAGGAGAGACUUUUAGUGCUUUGCUUGGUACUCAUUGCAGCGCCCUAGAGCUUUUUCUUAUUAAAAGAAAGAUAAAGGGACCUUCCUGGUUAACAGCUUCAAACUUCUCUAUCUGUCCAGUUCCUCAGCGUGUAACCUGGUGCAAAUUUGAGUUUAUUGUUGACUUACCAAAGAACAUUCAAGUUUCAAAUUCCUCGAAGAGUAUUGCAGAGAUUCCUCCAGUGGUUGUUACAGCAAUAAAUCUGAAAACUGUCAUCAAUGAGAAGCAAGUAAAUGAAAUUGUCUCUGCAUCUGUCAUAUGCUGUCACAAGGCAAAGAUUGACACCCCCAUGUUACCUUCAGAGUGGACAAGAGCUGGCAUGCUUAGCCAUUUUACAGUUGUGCGUAAGCCUGAAGGCGACAUAUUUCCAAUGGGAUUUACGAAAGAGGUUACAGAAAGAAAUUUAAAGGCUGGAUCAAAUGUCAUUGGCCAUGAAAGCAGUGAACGGGCUUUAUUGAACCGUCUGAUGACUGAAUUGCACAAAUUAGACAGUGAUGUACUUGUUGGUCACAAUAUAUCUGGGUUUGACCUAGAUGUUCUUCUUCACAGAGCUCAGGCUUGCAGAGUACCCAGCAGUAUGUGGUCGAAAAUAGGCCGUCUCAAGCGCUCUGUUAUGCCUAAGCUUACAAAAGGAAGCACCGUUUUUGGGUCUGGAGCUAGUUCAGGGAUCAUGUCCUGCAUUGCGGGCAGACUCUUGUGUGAUACUUUUUUGUGCUCGCGUGAUCUAUUAAAAGAGGUUAGUUAUUCUUUGACACAACUGGCUAAGACUCAGCUGAGCAAAGAUCGAAAGGAGAUCGCUCCACAUGAUAUUCCUCGGAUGUUUCGACAAUCUGAAUCUCUCAUGGAACUUAUUGAAUAUGCCGAGACGGAUGCAUGGUUAUCGAUGGAACUCAUGUUCCAUUUAAGUAUUCUUCCCCUGACUCGUCAGCUUACUAAUAUAAGUGGUAAUCUGUGGGGAAAAACUCUCCAGGGUGCUAGGGCUCAGCGAGUAGAAUACCUAUUGCUGCACGCAUUUCAUGCAAAAAAAUUUAUUGUCCCAGAUAAGCUAUCUUUCCAAAUGAAAGAUGCAAAGGCGCCAAAACGCAAAACGAAAAAUGGUGUUGAGGAAAAUGAAAAUCCUACUCUUGAUCCUGCUGACACUAACAUCGAUACUGAGUCUCCUCAAACUGACAAUGGGAAGUCCAAAAAGGGGCCUUCCUAUGCCGGGGGUUUAGUUUUAGAACCAAAAAAGGGUCUUUAUGACAAGUACAUCUUACUUCUGGACUUCAACAGUCUCUACCCUUCAAUUAUACAGGAAUACAAUAUCUGCUUUACAACUGUUGAAAGACCCGAAGAUGGAUCAAUACCCCGUUUACCAUCUAGUAGAAGGACAGGAGUCCUGCCCGAGUUGCUGAAAAAUUUGGUUGAAAGAAGGAGAAUGGUAAAGUCAUGGUUAAAAACUGCAACUGGUCUUAAGGUCCAACAGCUUGACAUUCAGCAGCAAGCACUGAAGCUCACUGCAAACAGUAUGUAUGGAUGUCUGGGCUUUUCUAAUUCCAGAUUCUAUGCAAAGCCUCUUGCAGAGCUUAUAACAUUACAAGGAAGAGAAAUCUUGCAAAGUACUGUUGAUCUAGUUCAGAACAAUCUAAACUUAGAGGUUAUAUAUGGUGAUACAGACUCAAUCAUGAUUUACAGUGGACUUGAUGAUGCAGCAAAAGCUAAAUCAAUCUCAGUAAAGGUCAUUCAAGAGGUCAACAAGAAAUACAAAUGCUUAGAAAUUGAUCUUGAUGGCUUGUACAAGAGGAUGCUACUAUUAAAGAAAAAGAAAUACGCAGCUGUAAAACUGCAGAUUAAGGAUGGUAAACCUUACGAGGUUAUUGAACGUAAAGGCCUUGAUAUGGUUCGACGUGACUGGAGUUUGCUAGCAAAGGAACUAGGAGACUACUGUCUGAGUCAAAUUUUAUCUGGGGGGUCCUGUGAAGACGUUGUUGAGUCAAUACAUGAUGCCCUCAUGAAGGUCCAGGAGGAUAUGAGGAAUGGAAGAAUAGCUCUGGAGAAAUAUGUCAUCACAAAAUCUUUGACUAGAGCUCCCGAAGCCUAUCCAGAUGCUAGAAACCAACCUCAUGUUGAAGUGGCACUUCGCUUGAAGAACAGUGGUUAUGUUACUGGUUGCUCUGCUGGCGAUACAGUUCCUUAUGUGAUCUGCUGUGAACAGGGAAAUGGUUCAACUACCUCGGUAGGUAUCGCUCAGCGAGCAAGGCAUCCUGACGAGCUCAAGACUGACAGUGGGAACUGGAUGGUUGACAUUGACUAUUACCUCGCACAACAGAUUCAUCCUGUGGUAUCACGUCUUUGUGCAUCGAUUCAGGGUACAAGUCCAGCACGCUUGGCUGAUUGUUUAGGACUCGACUCAUCCAAGUACCAAAGCAAGUCAAUAGAAGCACUCAACAACGAUUCUUCCAGCUCCCUUUUGUAUGGCGUAGAUGAUGAUGAGAGAUAUCGAGCUUGUGAACCGCUGGUUUUGUCUUGUCCAAGUUGUUCUGGCUCUUUUGAUUGCCCAACUGUGUUCAAUUCUGUAUGUUCUACAAUCAAUGAAAAGCCAACAGAAGUACAAAACAGUCGUUCAAGCAUCAAUUUUUGGCGUAGUUUGCAUUGUCCACAUUGUUUAGAGGAUGAUGAUCGGGGUAGAAUGUCUCCUGGAUCAAUAGCAAAUCAGAUGAAACGGCAAGCUGAAGGAUAUAUCUCGACGUACUACAAGAGCUUAUUGAUGUGUGAUGAUGAUACAUGUAAGUAUACUACUCGUAGCCUGAACCUGAGAGUAGUUGGUGAGUCUGAGAGAGGUACUGUUUGUCCAAACUAUCCCCGUUGCAAUGGGCGCCUUGUGAGAAAGUACACUGAGGCAGAGCUUUACAAGCAGCUUGCUUAUUUUUGCCACAUAUUGGAUACUGUACGUUGCAUGGAAAAGAUCGACAGUAAGAUCAGAAUGCCAGUUGAGAAAGAGCUAGCAAGGAUACGACCUCUAGUCGAAUCGGCAGCGUCACAAGUUCAAAAGCUCCGAGACAGGUGUGCUUAUGGAUGGGUGCAGCUGAGUGAUCUUUGUGUCUCUAUCUGAUUUUUUUUUAAUGUACACCUAAAUAUUUCUUUAUUUAUAUAAUGCAAUAUCAAUUGAAUUAGUUCAGUAUAAUUUGGCCAUUGUUAUGUAGAGCAUCAACUAUAGGAAUUUGAAUGAUGUACGUUGUCUGUAAAUGGAAGUAAAAAUCUAAUACGGCUCUUUUAAAGAACUCUACUAUAUCCAAUCAAAAGUGUUCUUAA